AUGGCUGGUUAUGAAAUUGACCUAGAAGAGCUUGAUCUUAAUGAGGUAUUUCCCACAUAUGCUUAUUAUUAUAAUUUUGUUAAAAAUAAUUAUAAUAGCAACUACAGAAGUCCAUAUAUUAGUUUAAACACUAGAUUAUAUGAAUUAUACAAUGCAUUAAAUCGUAGUAUGAAUGAAAAUAAUGGAUGUUGCUGUAGAAUUAGUAACCUAGAUUUUAUAGAUCUUGGUCGUUAUUUGUAUUAUUUAAAAGAAAAAUUUAAUUAUGAUGAAAUAAAUGUAGUAUACGGAUGUACUUACUUCAUAUACAUGCUUAUACAUGUGUUAAUAAACACUGGUUGUAAUAAGCAAGAAGUUAUAAAGUCUUAUGAGGAUGUUAUUCAAAAAUUAAAGAAUCAGAAACUUCCUCCAAAUUACAAACAACUUGAUAUAUGCAAUCAUAUUUUUGAUAAAAAUAAUAAUGAUAUUAUAAAUAAUAUUAAAGAAAGAGAAGCACAUGAUAUUAUUGACUUGUUUCGAUAUAUGGUUAUACUAUAUCAAAAUAUAAUACAAAUUCAUUCUCGCUAUUGGAAUUAUAGUUAUCGUAAAACAUAUUAUGAUACAUAUAAAAAAAUUUUAGAUAAUAAGAAUGUAUGGGGGAAACAUGGAGUACAACUAGUAAUGGAAGAAUUUAAAAAAGAAUAUGAGAGAUAUAGAACAUGCUAUGAUUGUUAUAAUAGAGAAUAUAUAUUAACUUUACCCUCCCCUGAUGAGAAAAAACAAGUUAUAUUAGUAAAACAGGAAGAACCAAAAACAAGGGUUGAAGAAACGCCAAAACAAUCAGAAAUUAAAGAAUCUCCAAUAAUAAUACAAAUUGAAAAAGGUAGAACAAAACAAUUAACACUAACACAAAUAAAAAAUGGAGAGAUAGAGAAAAUAACAUUGUCAGAGGCAAUAAAGUUAGAAAUAGAAGACACAAGUAUUGUUUCAGGAUCAAGCACUACUUUUUUAAUAUUUGCUAUACUAAUAAUUAUAUUCAUUCUGUAUAAGUAUACACCAUUUUUAUCAUUUUUAAAAGCAAAGAUAAAAAAAUUAAGGAAAAGGUUCAACAGAAAAAAUAAAGAACAUGUAGAUCUAAUGAAAUCAUUUGAUAGGAUGUACAACGAUUCAUACGAUUAUAGGUAUAAUGUAGCAUAUAACGCUGAAGAUUAUUAUUAA